AUGUGUUAUACCGUGACCGUCACGUUUGCGUGUGGGCAUCAACAUGAUUUCACCACAGAUUGCGAAAAUUCAUUCCUCUUGUCAGCUUAUGAAGAGUGUCCAAGCUUUUGGGAGUCAUCACGGCCAAGUUGCUCUUUCACUUGCGAUGAAUGUAUUAAGGAGGGUGAUAUUGGAGAUAUGAUUAUCUUCGACGCUUUUAGUCAAAGUGUGCCAAAUCAUAAGGAGCUCGCUCACGAUUUAGCAGAGAGAUUCAGCUUGUUCUGGCAGGAGGUUGAAGAUAAUAAUUGGGUAAGCCAACUCAAGUUUCGUACUGGGUCUGAGCAGGAAUCGCCCCUAGAUUCGUACCUUGCACAAGAAAAUGUGAUUAAAACAGAGGAGUUGGUAUGGCUCAUAGACUCCCACCUCUCUACAAUCCUUUCAAUCCGAGCCCUUGUGCUUGAUAGACAUGCUCACCAAGUGUCAGACGAUGAAAUUCAAACCUCGCAAGACGAGCUCGAGAAGCUUUCUAAACUUCUGGGUUUCCAACCGUCUUUCUUUGUCAAAAUCUUAGUUAGGAAAGUAAUAUACGCCAUGCAGCGCCAAACUAUGGUAGAAACGAGUCCUUCUACGUUUGACCCUCGCAACAUGACUCCUCCAGUUGCAUACGAGGUUCGAACAGAGGAAUUUCUCCAGAUGUCACCCUAUGCAUGUCCAAUCUGUCAAGAUAACAUCGGUGAAACCAUCGUUUUGGGCGAUAGAGAAGUUGCAAUGGCAGAAAGACCUCUUCGUAUGCUUUGUGGCCAUAUAUUUGGUCAUCUUUGCAUCGAAGGAUGGUUUCGUGCAUGUGAGGUCAGUGAGGAAAUUCCAAACUGUCCUCUCUGUCGUAGAACAUUCCCGCCGGAGUAUGAAGAGGAGCCUGAUGAGACGGAAGAACCAACUUCAUGGUGGUGGAUUGAGAUGCUUAGGGGAACUGCCCCUCUAGUUCGAGAUUGGGACACCUGGGAGCCUUCAGUCAACAAUUCCGAAAGUGGUGAUCUUGAUGAUGGCCGUUGA